AUGGUUGAAACUGGUUUCAGUGAAGAAAACAAGUCGGAAGCAGAUUCCAGGCGUUGUAUAAAUAUUUCUGGAUUGAGUGCAAAGCUUCCAUGUGAAACUUCUGAAGGACGCAAAACAUUAGUGUGCUUCCUCCGAGAAUUGUGUGGUACUGUCCAGUCUUCCUACAAUGAGGAUAUAGUUGAACUCAACUUCAUACAGAGUGGAUCUAUUCUGAUAGAGUUUUACAAAUGGAGGCGACGAAAUACUCAAGAAUUAAUGCAGGCCUUAUGCUCCGGUCACCUAGAUCCAGAGGAUCUUGCCUUAGUAAGCGGUUUCAUGUCAGGCCAUAUCUCAAGCGAUGCAGUUUUUCCACCUUAUGGCGCUGUUUAUCCUAGUCUGUGUCCACAGUCAACACAGGACCAUGAUUCUGAAGAUGAGGAUGAUGAGAUAUUCUCAGUGUAG